AUGCUAGAAGUUUCGGCUUCCAAGACUGAAGAGUUGGAACUGUUGUGUGAAAAACUAGGUCCUGAGUCGUCAAAACAAGCGAAGACAAUUAGGAGUAACAAUGCAGAGAAUCCGGGCGUAGCAUGUGACAAAAUUUGGGAAAGACUUGAAAAACGUUAUGGUGCACCGGAAAUGGUUGAAGCACGACUCAACAAUAGAAUUAAAGACUUUCCGAUUAUUACUGCUGAAAAGUAUCAUUUGUUGUAUGAUUUGACUGAUCUCGCCCUUGAAGUUUCCGCAAUCAAGUCUCAACCGAGAUACAGCGCAUUAUUCGCGUACUUUGAUUCUAAAAAGGGUGUCAAUGAGUUAGUGGACAAAUUACCUUGGCAUAUCAAGGAAAAAUGGACUUCUGAAGCCACACGGUAUAAGCAACAGAAAAAGGAACUUUAUCCGCCCUUUGAUUUCUUUGUGAAGUUUCUGGAGAAGAUGGCAAGCAUGAGAAACGAUCCUGCCUUUCAAUAUGAGCGUAAGGUUGGCAGUCACAGACAAACACCUGCAUCUCAACAAACUCGACAUAAGUCGUCACCUUCGACAAAGCAGAGGUCUAAUCCAGAGAAGGCAGUGGUGGUUUACGCGACGAUCGAUGAUCAGAGUAAUCAGUCACUGGGAACUUCUUCGUUAUUUGACUAUUUCGAUGAGUGCAGUACCGACGUUUCGUACACUCUUGUUUCCUGUUCUGGCGCCGCUGCUGCUGCUGGCAGCGUGUGUACCGGUAACAAAGUUCAAUCUCUCGAUAAUAGUUGUGAACUCGGUAUAACUAGUCUGUUAGAGUGUAAUGACAUUCCUAGUGACAGAAGUGAUAUCCCGUCUCCGGACGUGGCCAGGCAAUUUCCCCACUUGAGUCGCAUAGUACCGUUGAUUCCUCCUGUCAUCAAAGACGCUGACAUGGAACUCCUUCUUGGUCGGGACGUUAUUCGUGCCCAUGUUGUUGAGGAUCAAGUAGUUGGAGAAGAGGAUCAGCCCUUUGCGCAGAAGUUACCGUUGGGGUGGGUCAUCGUAGGUCAGGUGUGUCUCGGUGGAGCACAUGUACCUGAAGUCCGCACUAUGAAGACAUAUGUCCUAGGAAAUGGAAGACAUUCUCGGUUUCAACCAUGUGAGAAUGAACUGUAUAUACAUAAAGACUUGUUUCAAAAGACCGAUCAGGAUGAGAAAGUUGGUCUAUCGAUAGAGGACCACACCUUUCUUCGUAUUAUGGAAGAUUCAUUUGUCAAAGACGAAGAAGGACACUGGGUAGCGCCUCUGCCAUUCAAAGACAAUAGGAUACGUUUACCUAAUAACCGGUCUCAAGCGCUCCGUCGCGCUGGAUCCCUCGAUCGUUGUUUGCGGCACAACGAUGUAAAACGUGCGCAUGUGAUAGACUUUAUGAAAAAGCUGUUUGACAGAGGUCAUGCAGAGAAGGCGCCCGACAUAUCCGACGACGAGGAAUGCUGGUUUCUACCCAUGUUCGGAGUCUAUCAUCCGAAGAAACCAGAUUCCGUUAGGGUAGUGUUCGAUUCAUCGGCUCAAUGCGAAGGAACUUCUCUUAAUGAUGUGUUGAUCAAAGGUCCAGAUUUGGCCAACAAUCUCCAGGGUAUAUUGAUGAGAUUCCGUCUUGAAGAAUUCGCUAUUAUGGCUGAUGUGGAACAAAUGUUUCAUAAUUUCCGUGUUGCUGAGAAUCAUCGCAAUUAUUUGCGUUUCUUCUGGCAUUCCAACAACGAUCUGGAUUCUCCUCUUGAGGAAUUCAGAAUGACUGUUCAUGUGUUUGGAAACCGCACAUCUCCAGCCGUCACCAAUUAUGGUCUUCGUAGGUCCGUGUCAUCUGCAGAUCCAGAUGUACAAUCGUUCGUUUCGAAUAACUUCUACGUUGAUGAUGGACUCAUGAGUUUUCCCAGUACUGACCAAGCUGUAGACUUGGUCAAGAGGACACAGACCGCGUUACGUGAUGGUGGAGGUUUGAGGCUUCACAAAAUUGCGUCUAAUUCUACGGAAAUAUUAGAGCAGUUCCCCAAGGAGGACUUAGCAAAGGACCUGAAAAAUCUCGACUUAGGCCAAGACUGUUUACCUGAACAAAGAAGCUUAGGUAUUUGUUGGCAUAUAGUAUCCGACAAUUUCUCGUUCCGUGUGGACCAAAAUUCAAAGCCUUUUACACGCAGAGGUGUGUUAUCUGUAAUUAACAGCCUAUUCGAUCCCAUCGGAUUCACUGCUCCUGUCACUCUCGAAGGGAAGAUACUUAUGCGGGAGGCCAUGACCUCUAAGAGUGGCUGGGAUGAAUCACUUCCGGAAGAGUUCAGGAUUCACUGGGAGAAAUGGGUUGAUGAACUCGGUUUUCUUCAGAAUUUUAGUAUUUCGCGAAUGUACUGCUCAUUAUCUGUCGAAUUAUCAUCUCGUGUAGAACUUCAUGUCUUUUCUGACGCUUCGAAAGACGCCGUAGCCGCCGUGGCAUACAUCAAAGUGUUUUCAGACGAGACAAAUGAGAUGGGUUUUCUUACCGGAAAGGCGAAAGUUGCUCCUGUGCAUGGUCACACUAUACCCAGACUUGAAUUGUGUGCGUCUUUGUUAGCCGUCGAAAUUGCAGAGAACGUCAGAGAGCAACUCGACGUGCCAAAGGACGUAUUUACCUUCUACACAGAUAGUCGUGUUGUAUUAGGUUAUAUCUCAAAUGAAUCAAAAAGGUUUCAUGUGUAUGUAGCCAAUCGUGUGAGCAGAAUUCGUUCUUUCUGCGGACCGCAAUCCUGGAAGUACGUCGCUUCCGCUGAGAAUCCUGCUGAUGUUCUGGUCGACCCAGAUGAGGAUGUGGAAGUGAGAAAACAAGUUACAUGCCUCAAGGCAUCAGUAUCGUGUGGCUUAGGUUGUCAGCGCUUCGACAGAUUCUCGACGUGGUCAGGUUUAGUGAGAGCUAUCACUUGUUUGAAGCGGUUUAUUAGGAAACGCCAAUCGCGUAGCAUUGAUGGUGUCAAGCUCAAAGUGGAGGCCGAACGCUUCAUUAUUAAGCAGGUUCAGCAAGAGGCUUUCGGUUCAGAGAUUUGUGCGAUCGGUAAUGACAAGAAUAUUCCGAAGGACAGCUCUUUGCUGCCUCUCUGUCCUAUCUUAGAUUCUAAUGGCAUUUUGCGUGUGGGUGGUCGACUUGAACAGUUAAAGUGCGAGAACGAUGACCCUUGUCUGAAAAACCACCCUAUUGUCAUUCCGAAGAAUCAUCAUAUUGGAGAGUUAUUUACACGAAAAUACCACACCGAGGUUCAUCACCAAGGGAGACAUUUGACUGAAGGCGCAAUUCGAUCCGCGGGAUAUUGGAUUGUGGGUGGUCGUCGCGUCGUUAAUUCCGUGAUACAUUCUUGUGUUACCUGUAAACGAUUGCGUGGAAAAUUGGGAUGGACACAUAUCGCUCAACUCCCGUCGGAUAGGGUAGAACCCGGACCCGCAUUCUCGUUUGUUGGAGUCGAUGUCUUUGGCCCUUGGCCAGUUGUCGUGAAGCGAUCUCUUCGAGGUAGUACGACCAGCGCUAAACGUUGGGGCGUUCUAUUCACCUGUCUCGUGUCUAGAGCCGUGCAUAUAGAACUCGUAGAAGAAAUGAGUAGUUGUCAUUUUAUCAAUGCUCUUCGCAGAUUUACGGCUAUUCGUGGUCCUGUACGUCAGUUUAGGUCCGACCGUGGAUCUAAUUUUGUUGGUGCUGUAAAAGAAUUGGGAAUCAGUACAUCAUUUGUGGAAGACGGACCUGUUCAAGAUUUCCUUUCUAAUGCUGGCCAUGGAAUUACCUGGGUGUUUAAUCCGCCGUACGCCCACCAUUUCGGAGGAGUAUGGGAGCGGAUGGUAGGCUCGUGUAGGCGAAUUUUGGACGCUAUGCGUUUGGAGAAUAGGUCUAAGGAUUUGACUCACGAUACUCUCGCAACAUUUAUGGCAGAAGUGUCCGCCAUUAUUAACUCUAGACCGUUGUUGCCAGUAUCUUCCGAUCCUGAGUUACCAUCUGUUCUCUCGCCGAUGCUUAUUCUAACUCAGAAACCUUAUGAAUAUGUCUCAGAACCUGACGUCACAGGUUUCGGUCCGAAGGAUGCUCUUAAAAGUCAAAGGAAAUUCGUUCAGCGUAUGGCAGAUGGAUUCUGGUGUCGAUGGAAACGCGACUACCUUCAUCAACUUCAAGUUUGCCGGAAGUGGCAAUUACCAGGCGACUCGUUCAAGGAAAACGACAUUGUUCUUAUGAAGGAUGAUAUGAGUCAUCGUAAUAACUGGCCCAUCGGUAUCAUUGAGGAAGUUUAUCCGAGCAAAGACAAUGUGGUUCGAAAAGUCAAACUGUCCGUCAUUCGCGGGAAAACUCGUGUUUCGUUUGUGCGACCUAUUUCAGAACUUGUUCGAUUGGUCGAAUUUGAAUAA